AUGUGGAGGCUUUCUGAGCAGAACCAAAGCUGGGUUUCUGAAUUUAUCCUGCUUGGCUUCUCCAGUGACCCCAUCUCCAACAGGAUCCUCUUUGUUGCCUUCCUUGUCCUGUACCUGAGUUCGAUCCUGGGCAAUGGGCUCAUUGUCACUCUGAUCUGCCUGGACUCACAUCUCCACACUCCCAUGUACUUCUUCCUCUGUAUUCUGGCCAUACUGGACGUGGGCUAUGUCACCACCACCAUGCCUCAGAUGCUGGUGCACCUUCUUGCUCACUCUCAGACCAUCUCUUUUGCUUGCUGUUGGCUGCAGAUGUAUGCAUUUGGCGCCCUGGCCUUGACUGAGUGCAUAAUCUUUGUGGUCAUGGCCUAUGACCGAUAUGUAGCCAUUUGCUAUCCAUUGCGCUACACUGUUAUCCUCAGCUGGGGAAUGUGCACACGACUGGCAGCUGGGACCUGUGUCUGUGGUUUCUUCUUCUCCCUAAUUCACACCUUCCUCACAAUGAGAUUGCCCUACUGUGGGCCCAACAUCGUCAACCACUACUUCUGUGAAGGCCCCACAGUACGGAGCUUGGCUUGCAUGGAUACCCAUCUCAUCGAGAUGGUGGACCUGAUCACGAGUGUGUUUGUGAAUGUCACCCCAAGCUGCCUUAUUCUGGCCUCUUAUAUCCGUAUUGUCCAGGCCAUUCUCAAGAUCAAAUCUACCAGGAGCCGUUGCAAGGCCUUCUCCACCUGUGCUUCCCACCUAACUGUGGCCACAUUCUUCUAUGUUCCGGCUAUAUACAUCUACCUUAGGCCCAACUCCAGCUACUCCCCUGAACGUGACAAGCAAUUUGCACUCUUCUAUAAUGUUUUCACGGCACUGCUCAAUCCUGUUGUCUACAGUCUGAGGAACAACGACAUCAAGGGAGCUUUUUUCAAAGUGAUGGGGCGUGGUAGGGGGACCUGUUGA